AUGCUAAUUGCCGCGUAUUUGAAGAAUUCGAAACGCGCUGCCCCACCGCGGGAGACUCGCCGUGGGAAAGGCGGCCACGGGAGGGCCGAGGGGUUGCCUUUGGAGGUUGCCUGCCAGGUCCCCGCGUACCCCACUCACUCGGGCUCUUGUCGGUUCCAGGGCGCGCCCUACGACGCGCACACGACUGGGAUGACGGGCGCCAUCAGCUAUCAUCCGUAUGGCAGCGCGGCCUACCCGUACCAGCUCAAUGACCCAGCGUACCGCAAGAACGCCACGCGGGAUGCCACGGCCACGCUCAAGGCCUGGCUCAACGAGCAUCGCAAGAACCCCUACCCCACCAAGGGCGAGAAGAUCAUGCUGGCCAUCAUCACCAAGAUGACCCUCACGCAGGUCUCCACCUGGUUCGCCAACGCGCGCCGGCGCCUCAAGAAGGAGAACAAGAUGACGUGGGCCCCGAGGAACAAAAGCGAGGAUGAAGACGAGGAGGAGGGUGACGCGGCCAGGAGCAAGGAGAGUCUGGAUAAGUCGCAGGAGGGCACUGAGACAUCGGCGGAGGACGAAGGGAUCAGCCUGCACGUCGACUCGCUCACGGAUCACUCCUGCUCUGCGGAGUCGGACGGGGAGAAGCUGCCUUGCCGCGCCGGGGACCCCUUGUGCGAAUCGGGCUCAGAGUGCAAGGAUAAGUAUGACGACCUGGAGGACGACGAAGAGGACGAGGAGGAGGGCGAGCGGGACCUGGCGCCAUCCAAAGCCGUGACCUCGUCGCCUCUCACCGGCGUGGAGGCGUCCCCGCUGCUCGGCCGCCACCUCUACUACACGUCGCCCUUCUAUGGCAACUACACAAAUUACGGGAACUUGAACGCGGCGCUGCAGGGCCAGGGGCUCCUGCGGUACAACGCGGCGGCCGCGGGCCCAGGAGAGGCGCUGCACGCGGCGCCCAAGGCGGCCAGCGACGCGGGCAAGGCAGGCACGCAUCCGCUGGAGUCCCAUUACCGGCCCUCAGGCGGCAGCUAUGAGCCCAAGAAAGAUGCCAGUGAGGGCUGCACCGUGGUUGGUGGGGGCAUCCAGUCCUACCUAUAGAAGGGCCGUGUGUACAGCAAUACAAGUAGGUGUCACAAUUGCUUUGGAAAAAAAAAAGUCAGCAGGCCAUUCUUUCUUCCCAAGUUCAUAAAUACACAGACGUAAAAAGCCGCGCUCACCCGGACCGCAUCUUGUGCCACUGUAAAGGAAGGAGCCCGCAGAGCACUGUCAACUCAGACUAACCGAAACGAACAGACUUUUGUUGGAUAGACGUGAAUUUGUUGGCAUAGUAUAGCUUCCCCAAUGUACGUGUGACUUUUGAAAACAAUCUUUUUUCUCAGGAUAUCUUGAAUUGAUCACUUCAUUGCCACGGUAUAUAUGCUAUAGGUGUGAUAGGAUUUACUGUAAAAUUUAUUUGUAAAAGAUGUACACAGUAGAAAUAAAACGUGAUUGAAGAACUUGAGUACUUAAAAAGUGGAAACAAAUUUGAUAUUUAUUUUUAUAAUGAUAUAAAGCUUCUAGUAAUUUAUGCAAGUUGUAUUGCAAUGGAAUCUAAACUUUUUGUAAAUAAAUUCUGCCUGGUUUUUAUUUGAACAUUGCUGGUUAUACAAUCUUUGUUGGUUGUUUAACAAUAAUUCUUUACUAAUUUAUAUCUUAAAUUGUAAAUAAAAACAGACUAGACUACAGCAACAUGGUGUUUGGGGCUCCUUUUUCUUAAAAGAGUGCUUUGGGUAGAGAGCCCCAGGGAUAGCAGUGACAGCAGUCCCCACCCCAGGUGAUCUGACCUCAGGCUUUUUAAAGAUAAUGUGUAAAAUAACCUCCCCUUUCUGCUCAUAAAAAAAAGGCAGAUGGAAGAGAAAUAAGCAGUAGGGAGAUAUCUGUGAUGUUUAGGUUAUUUAUAUACACAUGUAUUGCAAGGAAAUUAAAAUUUUGUGCUCUGAAUAUGCAAAAUACUUGUUAGUGUAAAUAUUUUUAAGCUUGGCAAAAUAAAAUGACCUGACAUCCCUGUG